AUGGCCUCCACUUUGUUGGCAUUUGGCCAGGAACACCAUUACCAGGGUUGCAUAAAGUUUGUUGGUCUUUUGGACAUGAUAGACAAUUUGAGUAUCGCUAUGCCCUUCAGUCUUGUGUGUAUUAAAUUGAUCGUUGUUUGGACAAAUCAUGGUGUACUCCGUGACAUUUUAUCAACAGUAGAGGAAGAUUGCAAGAAGUACGCAGUCAUCGAUACAAAUAAUCUGAUACCAAAAACUGCAAGUCUUUCUGUGUAUUUUACAAUCAUGGUUAUGUCCAGUUACGUAGUGUCGGCAGUUUUCUAUCUGACGGGUACAUUGACACAGGACACCAAUAACAAUUCAACAAGGCGGCUUCUUCUUCAGAUGGAUUUGCCUUUUGAUACCAGCGAAUCACCCACUUACGAACUCGUCCUAUCCGCACAAUUUCUUCAUUUGGUUACAUCCGCUCUUACGUUUGGUGUGUUCAGUGCUCUUCUCGUAAUGGUGAUCAUGCACGUGGGCUGUCAUGUUGAUGUGAUGUGUCAGGCGAUAACGGAUGAUCCUCUCAGAACCAAAGAACAAUUAAACUUCUUUAUUAAUAGGCACAAAGAAAUUAUUCUGUUCGUAGACAAAAUUGAGAAACUUUUUACUUAUAUGGCUCUUAGUCAACUUGUGUCGAACACUCUGAUUACUUGUUGCGUGGGAUAUCUUAUUGUAAUGUCGAUACACACCGCGAAUGGACCUGCUCUACUGAUCAAAUCCGUUCUGUUCUACAUUGCUAUUUGCUUAGAAGCAUUCAUAUAUUGUUUCGCUGGAGAAUAUCUCAGUAUCAAGAGUAAAUUGAUUGGUGAUACGGCAUAUGAGUCUGCCUGGUAUGAUUUGCGUCCGAGUGAAAAUCGACUCCUAAUACUCUUGAUUUUAAGAUCUCAAAAAGGAUUUACGUUUACUUUUGGAAAAUUUUCGAGCCCUUCGUUGGAGAGUUUUACCAGCAUUAUGAAAGUUUCGGCAUCCUAUAUAUCAGUUCUUCUGGCAAUGUCCUGA